AUGGUACCCAAUAUCAGGUUAAGGGGACCUAAGUUGGGGAACGAAAGAGUUACAAUAUCGUCGGAAUGCCUUUUGCAAAAUCAAAAUUCAAAGGGCCAUAAGCUCAAUAUAACGAUAAAACUAGAACCAGAAGUGUUGAAAGGGUUGGAUAGCGACUAUUCAUGGUUAGGUAAGAAAGAGAAGCCAUCCCAAGAACGAAAUUAUGGAAAUGAAGAAAAAGACGAGAUAGAAGACCUGGAUAGUGAUCUUUCCUCUCUUGACUAUGAGCUUAACCAGGCAUUAAUGUCCGAGAUAGAUUCUGGAGGCUCAACAAUCAUCAGUUCUGAGAAAGCUACAUUAUUGCCAUCAAAAGAAAGUUCAGUGGAGCAGGUCAAGACGAAGAAGAUACCGAAGAAGGUUAACAAGGUUGGCACAGAUGCAUCGAAGCCUUCUGCACAAUAUAUAUAUAAAACAAUCCCUUCAAAUAUCAAGCCCAUAUUGGUUGGGGAGUUAGGGGACUUAGACAAGGAUGAAGAAAAUGAUCUUGGAUUGGUAGAGAAAUUCAUCUUUAGUAUAAAAGACCCUCUUAGUGCAUGUAAAAUAACCUUGCCUGUGAAAUCGAUAUACUGUGUCCAUUUUCAAUGUUUUGAUUAUGAGGCAUUUUGCAUUUUUAAUAAAAUUCCUGCUGGCAUUAAAAUGUUUACCAAGAAAGACCUAGCAAGAAAGAGCUUUGAAAAAUUAGCUUACUAUGAGAAGAAACCGAUCCAUUCGCCGCUUCGUAUAGUAAUACCUGAAAGUGGGAGAAAACCGAAAGACUCUUACAAAGCUUCUUCUAAAAUCCCAUCUUACAAAUGCCCCAUAUGUGACGUCGAGUUUCAGCUACUGGAUCUAUGUAUCAGUCAGUCAUUCAAUUAUUUUGUUAAAAGUACUUCAAAGGAAACGGAAAAAAUUGAAAUAGUCGACAUGCUGAAAUACAGAAUCAUAGAGGAUAGAGGUAGUGCUAGCGUCGAACGACAGACUGGUGAUAAUAUAAUUGUAAUUUCUGAUAUUGAAGACACUGAUGAUGAUGAUGAGGAUGAAAAUAACGCGACUCUCAUAGAUAGUGCUGAUAACAUUUUUAAUGAUGGGCUAGACGAAGAAAUGAUUCGUUUAAGUAAUGGCGAACUUCCUUAUCAAAAAUCUAAAGGAAGUGGAAAGUGGGAUGAUCCAAUAACUUUGGAUUGA